UGUAGAAUUGGGCGAAAAGUAUGUUACUGGAUUCCUCACGCAACUUAGCACGUUGAAUUGCGCUGACUUGUAGCAGUUGCAGCCGCCGCUCCUCAGAACCAGCCGGUGCGGAUUGAGCUCUCUGCCAUGUCCGCUGAUCGAGCAGAACCCCAAGCCUUCACUAAGGUUGUGGAUUCCAUCUCCGAACUCGCCUGGUUCCUAUGCCAGGCUCAGACUCGAAUCUUUGUCUGAGCGCCACACGAUAGACAUGCCACAGGAAGUGCUGCGUGCUUGGACGGUGCAGCAACGGCAUCCAGCGCUGGAGGAUGUGUCUUGCUUCCGCGCUACCUGCUGGUGGGCAGAGUCGUCGGCGCACGCAAAGGAGAGAGGCCACACAUAUUUUGAGAGUGGUGCGGUGGAUGAAGUCUCGCCCUGCCGAUUGGAGUGCCGCGAAUGUGGGUCAAUUCGCACUCAUCGUGCAGAGCUCUGGAACCCCACCGAGGCAAAGGGGCACACGGACUUUGGCAAGAUGAACCCUGUGGCUGCACGGAGGAUGGUGACACAGCUGAAGGCCGAGAUGAGGAUAGAGAUGAGAUUGGUACAAGCAGUACCGUCAAGUGGUCUUUCAGUCGCUCAGGGAGGCAAACAACAAUGGAGCCACAGGAAUGACAGUAGUCCAGAUCAAGCCCACGCUUCGGAAUGUGCGGACCCAGCAAGAGUGGGUCGCGCUGCAAGAGGAUCUGAACACAGCUUUCCAAAAGCACAUAUAUCCCUUCUACAAGGGCACGCAAGAGUUGAUCAGCUUCGGGAGGAUUCGAUUUGUCCAGUGGCACUGGAACAAUCUCAGCCGCGAGCUGGAGAACGGCACCAGACAUGGCCAUCAUGUCAUCAUUGCUUCGGUGCCCACUUUUCACCAUGACGGAGUGGAACAAGUCAUCAAGGAGUUUACACAAGCUGAGAAGAAAGCAGCAGGGCAUGGCGGCGGCGUACACCAAGUUUGGCUGAACAGCAAGUGUUGGUAUUAAUUGAGGGCAGGCAUUGGCUAAGAGCCAGUCAUUCACAAUUGCGACUUGUAGCUUUGCAUCCACAAGUGAUGCUUCCGCCGCAUCCUUGUUGGGAAGGCACGGAUGCACAGUAGGCAUUAUGUAUUUUAAGUGGCCAUUGCGUACCUUGCAAUGCAGCUCGAUUGUGUGGUUUGUAACUUCAGCUCUGUACCGACUGCAGUUGCACGUGCAAUCGAGAUUGCUCAAGGAAAAGGUGCAUGCUGCAUCUAGCUGGAUGAAGGGUGGUAAACGUGACCACCAGCCAUUCCCAUCCAUUGGGUUGGUUCGAACUCG